AUGAUAGCCAAAGUCAUGCUAAAAGAAGGUUAUAUGCAUGGGAAAGGUUUGGGCAAGUGUGGACAGGGGCGAGCAUUCCCUCUGGAAGUCGUCGAGAACAAGAAUAGAUAUGACAAUGAAUGUUUUGAAAGUAAUUAUGUCGAUAUUCCUGAUUUUGGGCGCCCUGUCAAUAAUACGGAAGAUGAUUGUGAUGAUGACCCGGAACCCCCUCCUGAACUGUUGAGACUAGUGGAACAAGAGUGUAAGGAGAUGAAACCUCACCAGGAAGAUGUUGAAGUACUCAAUUUAGGGAAUGAGGAUGAGGUAAAGGAGGUGAAGAUCGGUACAGCCAUGAAAACAGAAGUGAAAGAAAAAUUGUGUGUCUUAUUGAGGGAGUUCAGGGAUGUGUUUGCUUGGUCUUACAAUGACAUGCCAGGCCUCGAUACAGAUAUUCUACAACACAAGCUCCCACUCAAGCCGGAAUGCCCACCGGUAAAGCAAAAGCUAAGAAGAAUGAAACCGGAAAUGUCCUUGAAGAUCAAGGAGGAGGUACAGAAGCAAUUCGAUGCAGGGUUUCUAGUUGUGGCGAGAUACCCAGAAUGGGUAGCAAACAUUGUACCGGUGCCUAAGAAGGAUGGUAAAGUUCGGAUGUGUGUCGAUUAUCGAGAUUUGAAUCGCGCAAGCCCAAAGGACAAUUUCCCAUUACCACAUAUCGACACCCUAGUUGAUAAUACAGCCAAGUAUUCACUGUUUUCGUUCAUGGAUGGUUUUUCGGGGUAUAACCAGAUCAAGAUGGCGCCAGAAGAUAUGGAAAAGACGACGUUUAUUACAUUGUGGGGCACAUUCUGUUAUAAAGUGAUGUCUUUCGGACUCAAGAAUGCUGGGGCAACAUAUCAAAGGGCGAUGGUGGCACUUUUCCAUGAUAUGAUGCACAAGGAGAUUGAAGUUUAUGUGGACGACAUGAUCGCGAAGUCCGAAUCAGAAGAAGAACACGUCCUCAACUUGAGAAAGUUAUUCGAGAGAUUGAGGAAGUAUAAGCUUAGGCUGAAUCCCGCCAAAUGUACGUUUGGAGUGAAAUCCGGGAAAUUGUUGGGCUUUAUUGUCAGCCAGAGGGGGAUAGAGGUGGAUCCAGACAAAGUGCGAGCGAUAAUGGAAAUGCCUGCGCCUAAAACGGAAAAAGAAGUUCGAGGGUUUUUGGGUAGAUUGAAUUACAUUGCUAGAUUCAUCUCCCAAUUAACUGCUAGUUGUGAACCACUGUUCAAGUUGUUACGGAAGAACCAGGCUGUGGUGUGGAAUGAGGAUUGUCAGGCCGCUUUUGAGAGAGUCAAACAAUACUUACAGGACCCUCCUGUAUUACGUCCACCAGAACCAGGAAGGCCACUCAUUUUGUAUUUGACUGUAUUGGACAAGUCAAUGGGUUGUGUAUUGGGUCAGCAUGAUGAGGAUGGCAAAAGAGAGCACGUUAUAUAUUACUUGAGCAAGAAGUUCACAGACUGCGAACAACGAUAUUCAUCGUUAGAGCGGACUUGCUGCGCAUUGGCAUGGGCCGCUCAUCGUUUAAGGCAAUACAUGUUGAGUCAUUCCACAUGGUUGAUAUCCAAGAUGGAUCCUAUCAAGUAUAUUUUUGAAAAGCCUGCUCUUACUAGAAGGAUAGCUCGAUGGCAGAUGCUAUUGUCAGAGUACGACAUCGUAUAUGUCACUCAAAAAUCUGUCAAGGGUAGCGCACUAGCAGAAUACCUGGCUCAUCAACCCCUUUGUGAUUAUCAACCAAUGCAACCUGAAUUUCCCGAUCAGGAUAUCAUGGCUUUAUUCGAAGAGAACAAAGAAGACCGAAACGAAAAAGCAUGGACAGUGUUAUUCGACGGAGCCUCGAAUGUGAUGGGACAUGGAAUAGGGGCAGUGCUUAUCUCCCCGGAGCGUCAGUAUAUACCAAUGACGGCAAGGUUGUGUUUUAGCUGCACAAAUAACAUCGCUGAAUAUGAAGCCUGUGCCAUGGGUAUUCGAGCAGCAAUUGAGUCUAAGGCGAAAAUUCUGGAUGUGUAUGGAGAUUCAGCUUUGGUCAUCCAUCAAUUGAAAGGAGAAUGGGAGACUAGGGAUACAAAAUUAAUUCCCUACCAAGCUUACAUCAGGGGAUUAAUGGAGUAUUUUGAUUCCAUCACAUUUAACCAUAUACCGCGAGAAGAUAAUCAAUUAGCAGACUCACUGGCUACCUUGUCGUUAAUGUUUGAGGUUGAUCAAGAUGCAGAAUUACCAAGAAUCAAAAUGAAAAGCCAUGCAGAGCCAGCAUAUUGCCACUUCAUCGAGGAGGAGUUAGACAAAUACCCUGAGGAUGCGUCUGAAAACGAUAAAAGAGCACUAAGAAGGUUGGCCGGCAGUUUCAUCUUAAGUGGGGAUGUUUUAUACAAGAGAAACCAUGACAUGGUUCUCCUUAGAUGUGUGGAUGCAAAGGAAGCCGAGUUGAUAUUGAAAGAAGUGCACGAAGGUACAUUUGGUACACACAUGAAUGGACAUUCGAUGGCUAGGAAGAUCUUAAGAGCUGGUUACUUUUGGUUGACCAUGGAAAACGAUUGUUGCAUACACGUGAGAAAGUGUGAGAAAUGUCAGAUAUAUGCAAAUAAUAUCAAUGUGCCACCCACUGCUCUGAACGUGUUGUCUGCACCAUGGCCAUUUUCGAUGUGGGGAAUAGAUGUCAUCGGAGCUAUAGAACCAAAAGCGUCAAAUGGACAUCGCUUCAUACUAGUCGCAAUCGACUAUUUCACCAAGUGGGUUGAGGCUGCUUCGUAUGCCAACGUAACUAGAAAGGUUGUGGUUAGAUUCAUAAGGAAGGAGUUGAUCUGUAGGUAUGGGCUACCUAACAAGAUCAUCACUGAUAACGCUAUCAACCUGAACAAUCAGAUGAUGGCGGAGUUAUGUGAGGAAUUCAAAAUUCACCACCAUAAUUCCUCUCCUUAUCGUCCAAAGAUGAAUGGGGCAGUAGAGGCUGCUAACAAGAACAUCAAGAAGAUUGUGCAGAAGAUGGUGGUCACCUACAAGGACUGGCACGAAAUGCUUCCUUUCGCUUUGCACGGAUACCGCACAUCAGUACGAACAUCAACUGGGGCCACGCCGUUCUCGCUAGUGUAUGGGAUGGAAGCGGUACUUCCAUUUGAGGUCGAAAUUCCCUCCUUACGCGUGUUAAUGGAAACUAAGUUAGAGGAAGCUGAGUGGGUUCAAACCCGAUUCGACCAACUCAACCUUAUCGAAGAGAAAAGGUUAACAGCAGUGUGUCAUGGACAGUUGUAUCAAAGGAGAAUGAAAAAGGCGUUUGACAAAAGGGUGCACCUAAGAGGGUUUCAUGAAGGCGAACUGGUGUUGAAGAGGAUUUUGCCCAUCCAAAAAGAUCAUCGAGGCAAGUGGACCCCAAACUGUGAAGGGCCGUUUGUGGUGAAGAAAGCAUUCUCUGGUGGGGCACUAAUUCUCACAAGGAUGGAUGGGGAGGAAUUACCGUUACCGGUUAAUUCUGAUGCGGUCAAAAAGUUCUAUGUAUGA